GCUUCAUUAUCCUCAGCGAUUAAGGUAUUCAAGAGUGCCUGAAGAGAGAAGAUUGAAUCGACGGCAGCCUAUAUAUCGCUCAUUCUAAAUUGGCCAUCCAGUUUGUAGAAGCUGAUUCAUGUCGAUAGUCUCGAAGAUGACGAGAGUCGGAUAUAGAGUGGAUAUAGAUUGCAAGGAACCUCACGGUAGUGAUCUGUGGCAGAGUGCAAAGGAGAUGGGUCGACACUUCAUUUAUUUAUUAACGGCGCUCAUAUGUAUGCUCAUCUUGGUGGUAUUCAAGUCUAAACUCCCUGUGCAUGAUAAGACAGCUAUCUGGAAUAAGGUAAAGGUGACGUUGAGCGGUACACUGAAUGUGAAGAUGUGGAUAAAAUGAGAUGAUAGCUAUAUGAGUAUAUCUAAUCAUAAUCAGAUAACCGCCGGUCUUUCAUGCCUGAGAGUAUAUGAAAUAGUGAA